AUGGUCAUAAAGUUUGACAAUGAACAAGAGAGAGGUGCCUUCCACUGUGAUGCGCUGAAAGCUGCAGACAUUCUUCCUCUCCUUAGGGACAAGUUAGCUUUCCUCUCAGGUGGUCGAGACAAGAGAGGGGGUCCUAUCCUUGCUUUCCCAUCAGGCUCUGCCCUGGAUAAGGUCAGCCCAAUUGACCUCCGUAGGCUUGUCUUUUAUUUGAGUGGAAUCCCAAGUGAUGAGGCUCGGGAUCUUGGAUUCACCGUGAUCAUUGAUAUGAGAGGAUCAACAUGGACCAACAUAAAACCUGUCCUUAAAGCUUUACAGGAAUGUGUUCCUGACAACAUUCACAUGGUGUACAUCAUCAAGCCAGAGAAGUUUUGGCAGAAGCAACGGACCAGCAUGGGUAGCUCUAAGCUCAAGUUUGAGACGACAAUGAUAUCAUCAGAGAACUUGGUUAAGUUGGUGGAUCCAGCUCAGCUGACGGUGGACAUGGAGGGUACUAUGCAUUACGAUCAUGAGGAAUGGCUACAGCUCAGAUUGGCCCUGGAGGAUUUCAUCUGUAAAGCUGUGGACAUGAUGCAACAUCAAGAACAGAUCACGCUGGAACUCGGUUGCAUGAACUUUGCCAUGGACAUAGAGGGUGCACAAUCUUCUCUGCAGGAUCACGAGAUGUUGAGACGGAGCAUACAACAGAUGCCUGUAGAGGCUGUCAACCAGGAAGGACAGAAAGUACUAAGAAGAAUAUGUGGUGUAUUUGGAGGAGACUCGGUCACAGUGGACAGUGGAUACGGGGGUAGCUUUACCAGUUCCUCCACGGUAUCGCUCAACGCUGACUUCCAGGCGGUGGCGCCCCGGAUCCUUCAGCUCCUCGAUAACGUUGCCAACACAAGGCAGCAUCUUUAUCAGCAAUGGACCACCAAACAAGCCAAACUUGAACAGUGCCUACAACUCAAAUUAUUUGAACAAGAUGCCAAAAAGCUCUUUGAUUGGUUAGAGCAUCACAGAGAUUUAUUCCUGAUCAAUCAUACCGACCUGGGUCAUUCUGUAGACAUGGCAGCUGAGCUUUCUGAUGAACACAAUCACUUUGCUUCACAGUCUAUGAACAUGUAUGUUCACAUCAAUAGAGUACUUUCUGCAGCAUCGCAGCUGAUAGAUAAUGGUCAUUAUGCGUCAGAGGUCAUAAGGUCACAUAUGCUACGAAUCGACCGCGAGUGGAGGGCAUUUGCUGUGGCCCUGGAUGAACGUAGCACGCUUCUUGCCAUGUCAGUUACGUUUCAUAAGAAAGUUUAUGAGUACGAACACAAUUUUCAUGACUGGAGCACCCGAUGCCAAUUGGAUGGAGAGCUCCCCCACGAUGUUGGUGAAUUGGAGUCCAUGCUGCAACAGCACCAUGCCUUGUCCGAUGACAUCAACCAGAAAUAUACCCAAGUUCUUUCUGAUGGCAAAGCCCUUCUGGCGGCGUUGCAGCAACCGUUGAGUCCGGAGAGCGAGAACUCUGUAACUGCCCAGACCAACUACUCCCAGUCGGCCGGUCACUUCUUGGAUCUGAUCCAUGAGGUGCUGCAGCAGCACAGGGAGUUAGAUGAGAGGUGGCAGAGGAAAAAGACUGUCAUAAAUCAGAGGGUUCAGCUCUGUGUCUUCCAACAUGAUACGGCACAGGUGUUGUUUUGGCUGCAGAACUAUGGAGAGGAAUUUUUAAACAAACACACCAGUAUUGGAAAGUCAUUGCACAAAGCCAGGGCGUUGCAGAAGAAACAUGAGGAAUUUGAAGCCAUUGCCCAGGUAAGUUGAGAUGGAACAGUUAGACUUAAACUCAAGCAUGAAGAGCAGUUUUUUUCUAAUCUUAUCACUAAAAGCAAGCAGAUUUGCAACAUUUUCUUUUAUUUUAGAUUAAUAAGAAGGGAUAAUUUUUUUAAAACUGAGAGUCACUUACAGACUGUCCAUAUAAUUUGACAAUAAGGAUGUUUAUUUUCACUAACCCCCAUCAGCUCCAAGUUACUGAGUGGGCUUCUUGUCAUUUUUAAUAUCAUUAUUGUCAUUCAUGACAAAAAAAUACUAUAAAAACAUGAAUCAAUGUUAUAAAAGUCUGAGAGCAAUAGUGCAUUCAACCGGUCAAGCUGCCGGAAAAAAGAUAUCUCGAUAUCUGUGCCCCGUGCACAUUCCUCCCCUUUUCUGACCAGAUGCAGGUUCUCCUUUUGGGGCAACCAGCAUGGAAUUGUGGGUCUUGUGGACGUUUUAAUGGUUGUGACAGGAUAUUUAGCAUAUUAUUGAGCAAGAAGCCCCCAAAAAUUAUGAAAAAGAUGGUCUCUAUAAAAAAAAGACCAAUAUAAAGAUAAUUUUGUGAUGGUUUGCAUGCCUCCAAUAGACCAUGGCGCUGAUGAAGAUAUUAUGAUACUCUUCAACUAAAUUUUGAGUCCAGUUCAUGAGAGAAUCUUUUGCAAGGACUAACCAACAUAUCACCGAGAUGCUAUUUGAGGCACCUAUUUGUAAUUUAUUAUCAACAUAUUGACACGUAAUUGAUUUUGUAAAUCACUUUUUAUUUUUUUUUAUAGAUCUGUAUAGAUAAUGAGAAGUGAUGUACCAUUAUUUUUUUAUUAGGUUUUGCAUGAAUUGAUGAUCUAAAUAGAUUUAUGUUGAUAAUAAUUUUUCAUAGCUGCCCUUGUAUAGCGUAUCAUACAAGAGAAGGUCCAUGUGAAGAACAUUUUAUUAUGCUUGACCCUAUCUAGGACCCAAUAUCGGGCUAUUCUCAAUCCUCAAGAUAGCAGAAGAAGAAGUAUU